UCCUCCUCCUCUUCCGCUCCUCCUCCCCCCCUCGCCCCCAGCAGCAUGGCCAUGUUCAACCACCGCCUGCCCCCAGUCACCAGCUUCACCCGCCAACAUGGAGGGAUGGUGGCCUCCUCCUCUGCCUCCUCUUCCUCUUCCUCCUCCUCCUCUUCCACGACCACCACCACGGCUGCCCACUCUCCAGGCCCUCCUCCUCCUCCUCCUCCUCACCCUCAGGGCAUGACUUUCAAGAAAGAGCCAUUGGGGGGCUUCCCCCUCACAACAACACCACCAUCUUCUUCCUCUGCCUCCUCCCAGAGGAGCCCUUGGGGCUUCUUCCACUCCUUGGUGAACAUCAAGCAGGAGAAGCCCAGUGAGCAAGAGGAGGAAGACCACCAUCACCACCACCAUCACCAUUACGGGGGCCUCUUUGGCAUCGCUGGGGAGGAGAGGCACCCCACUUUGGGGGGUCCAGGAGGAGGAGGAGGAGGAGGAGGAGGGAUGGCGGAAGCCGGGAGCGUGAUCCAAGACCUCAGCCUCUUCCACCACUUGCACCAUCAUCCCCACCACCGAGGAGGAGACCUGUUGCUGGGGCUCCGGAGCGGAGCAGAAGCGUGCCCCGAGGAGCCCAAAACGGACCCCCAGGCCAGGAAGGCGAAGAGGCCAAAGUCGGAAACUCAGGGAACCAAAGCCAAGAGGAAGCCCGGCGCCGUCUCCUCCAGACCCCUGGUGGCCGCAGCGGGGGACGGGGACGCCGCCAUGUUGGCCGCCGCCGCCGCCAACCAGAAACCUCACGUCUGCGAACACUGCAGUGCCGCCUUCCGGAGCUCCUACCACCUGCGCAGGCAUGUGCUCAUCCAUACCGGCGAGAGGCCUUACCAGUGCGGCCAGUGCAACAUGGGCUUCAUCCAGAAGUAUCUGCUCCAGAGGCACGAGAAGAUCCACAGCCGGGAGAAGCCCUUCGGGUGCGACCAGUGCAGCAUGAAGUUCAUCCAGAAGUACCACAUGGAGAGGCACAAGAGGACGCACAGUGGAGAAAAGCCAUACAAAUGUGAAACCUGUCAGCAGUAUUUUUCCAGGACCGACAGACUGUUGAAGCACAGACGUACGUGUGGAGAAGCCAUAGGGAAAGCAGGCGCUGGAAUGGAUCCUGGGCCGUCAAACCACAGCAUGGGCAACUUGCCUAUGCUGCCUCAGGGAAAUACAGGUUCGUCGAGGAGGAAAAGCAAAGCGAAAUGUAUGUCGGCCGAAAACAAAGAGCAUAAGCCCAGUCAUAAGGUGUCGGACGCUCAGAUGGCAUCUAAUAUGACCUUGCAGAAUUAUGCAGUGGAGUUUCCCAUAGUGUCUUCCAGCGGCGGCUUGAUCGGCCCCGGGAUAGAAGAGUUGCAGAAAAAGGUGCCAAAAUUAGUCUUUAAAAAAGGAAACAGGAAAGGCACGGACAAGAGUUUUCUUAACUUUGUGUCACCGGUACCAGACCUGCUGGGUCAGAAACCGUCGUCUGGAAAACCCGGCGGCUCGCUAGGCAUCGUCGCAAACACCGGUGUAGAUGCGAUUGGACUUCUCCAAGCUGCGAGUGGUAAACCAGGUCACUUAAGUAGCAAUUACGAUGAUGCCAUGCAGUUCUCAAAGAAAAGAAGAUAUCUGCAAACUGCCAGCAGCAACAGUGCCUUUUCUAUAAACGUUGGGCAUAUGGCCUCCCAACCGUCUGUUAUUCAGUCUGCAGGUGUCAGUGUUAUGGACAGUGAAACCCCGUUAUCCCUUAUUGACUCAUCCUCUCUCAAUGCUGACAUCAAGUCUUGUCACGACAAGUCUGGCAUUCCCGACGAAGUCUUGCAAAGUCUUCUGGAGCAGUACUCCCACAAAUCAGAAGGCCAGAAAGAAGAUCCCUUCAGUAUCACUGAACAGCGGGUGGACUUGCAUGCUUCAGGAGAACAUUCGGAGAUGGUUCAGGAGGACAACCUGAGCCCAAGCCCCCAGACUUCUUCAAAUGACAAAACAAGCAUGUUGCAAGAAUACUCAAAAUACCUCCAACAUGCUUUUGAAAGAACGACCAAUAGUGCUGGUUUUGCUUUUGGACCUAGUUUCCAAUUUGUAAGUUUGUCUUCGAGCCUUCAUAACCACUCUUUGUUUCAAGACAAACAAAUAUACACUACAUCUCCACUUGAGUGUGGUUUCAGCCAAUCUGUUACCUCAGUGUUGCCAUCUGCAUUGUCAAAGCCUCCUUUUGGGAUGUUGCUUGGAUCUCAGCCAGGUUUUUAUUUAUCUGCUUUGGAGGCAACCCAUCAGCAGUUGACUCCUUCGCAAGAACUAGAUGAUCUGAUAGACUCCCAGAAAAACGUAGAUGCUUCAUCGGGCUAUCAGUCGGCACCUCAAAAACUAAAUAGCCAGAAAGAACAAAAAUCCCUUGAAUCUUCAACAAGCUUUCCAAUUCCAUCUCAGGAGCUAGCUAACCAGAUAGAUCCUCAGAAGGACCUAGAGCAUCGAGCAACAUAUCAGAUAGAAACCUUUGCACAAGCAUUUGGUUCUCAGUUUAAGACGGGCAGCAGGGUGCCAAUGACUUUUAUUGCUAACUCUAAUGGGGAAGUGGACCAUAGAGUGAGGACUUCAGUAUCAGAUUUCUCAGGGUAUACAAAUAUAAUGUCUGAUGUAAGUGAGCCAUGUAGUACAAGAGUAAAGACCCCAACUAGCCAAAGCUACAGGUAAAAUUCCAAGUGUGACUAGGCUUUGCGGUGGUCUUAAUGUAUUAGUUUUAUUUUGAUAACACUGCCAUUGGAAUGUUUCUACAUGAACCUAAUACAAAUAAUGGAACACGCCCUUUCAAUGCAACUUUUCAUAUUUAGUUUUUGUUAAUGGAAUUUUACAUCAGUUUGUAUUAUGAUUUUUAAUCAGAUCAAUAGACUCGAUAGUUUGCAUUUUUGUGUUUACGUGACAGUGUUUAGCAAUCAAACUUACGUAUUUAGAUUGUCAGGGAAUAGCCCAAAAGUUGCAAAUGCAAAAAAAAAAGAAGAAAAAAACCCGACGGAAAACUAAAAAAAAAAACAAAAAACACAAACCCCAAACCUUUGUUCCUAGGAUUAACGUUUAUUUUAAUUACUUUACUCUCAGGAAAAUGUAAUGAAGCAAGGAGAUUCUGUACAUUUUGGGUGUAUAUGAAUUUCCAAUGUACAAAUAAGUGGCAAAUCUACUUCACCAUUUAACAAAGGGAUCUAAGACAUUAGAAGAUGCUGUUUCAUAUCUGGGUGAUACAAAUUUCUGAGAAUUUGGCUACCUGAAGCUUGUUUAUAGUGAUUAAUGUACUUUUUUAAUUUCUUCUUCCAGAUGACGAUGCUCAUUCCAGACUGGUGGGGUAGAAAAUCUCAGAUCCUUGGUAUGAGCCUGGAAUGAUAGCUUUAAUAAAUACAAUAAUGUCCAUCCCUUAUUCCACCUCCCUUAAAGACUUUUAAUUCUGUAAAGAGAAUUUAGUUGCAUAACCCUCAAAGAGAAUUUAAACAGGCAGAGUGAUGUCCUUAGAAACCCAAACUAAAAUAACAAUAAUAAUUUAUAUACAUUUUGGGAUGCAUUAUUUAUUAAAAUGUCCUCCCCACGGUUGGUAUCCAGUCCCUCCCUCCUCUCCUAUGUUGUGUCUUAGAUCUCUUCCUUUAUCAACUUCUCUGCACCAAGUUCAUGUUCCAUGAUUUGGAGUCCUCUUCUCUUCACUUUAGCUUAACAGCUGGAUUUUAAAAACAUUUACAUUCCAGAAGUUUGCAUAACUUAUUAUGUGUUAUUCUGAUGUUUUGUGGCAUCAAAACUAGACCAUUUGAAGAAAAAAAGAAAGAAAAGAAUGCCCUUUAAUGUAAACAGCCAUAAAGGUUUCCACACAAAAUCCAAGAAGAAGGAAUGGUUUAAUUGUACAUAGAGAGGCCCUCCAACUAGCAGUGGGGUCUACUAGCUUAGUCAUCCAUAUCCACAGGCAGUCCUGCAUAUUUUAGGGCCUAGGGGUUAUAUCUACAUGUGGUUACAGUACAAGGAUGCAAGAAGGACAUUUUGUAGGCUUAGGUCUUAAGACUUCACUUCCAUUCAGAGGUUGGCCUAAAUGUGUGAACUGUGUGACCAAUUCUAUUUGGUUUGUUGUAGCCAGAAUCUUUCCAAGGAAUUGUUGCUCAAAUUCAUGUAUAUUUUGUGGUACAUUAUUUAUGAUACGUGAAUCUUGAUUAGAGCCUAUGGAGCCACAGAAACCUGCUAGAAAUCUAGUGGCUAAUUUCAGACUGCUAAAAAGCAGUUGCACUGCCCAGAACUACUUUUUUUUUGGUUUUUGCAGAUGUAUUUUUCCCCCUGAUUAGUUUUUUUAAAUGUAAUUUUGGUGAUGCUUAUGCAGAUUUUAAAAAUGUACUGUUGGUGAUGUUUCUGUCUUACGUACUUUCUGAAGGCAGAAAAGUACCAGUGGUUGUUUGCAGUCUUGUGUAAUUGGCCUAUUGCAGGCUUCCAUGUAUAAUAAAGUAAUUUACAUUGUACAAGUGUAAAACACUUCUGUUACGAAGAUGCUGUUGUAAGAACUAUGAAAUUUUUAAAUUGUUAAAAGUCAAACAUACCAAUUUUCUCUGUCUGCCCUGCCCACCAAAACAACCCGAACACUGUUUCACCAAAACGACUCACCACCUUACUCCUAAAGCAUAAUUAAUUGUAGUUCACAUUAAUAUACAUACAUGAUUAUGUAUUUCUCAUUUUUCAAAUUAUUCCUGUUAAUUUCCCCUGCUAUCCAGGUACAGAGCACAACUUAGCAUCAAGGGAUCUAAUGUAUCUUAACCACUGUGUUAGUUCUGCUAUUAGUUUCUUUUUCUUUGGUUUGGGGGCGUUUUAUUCCACAGUGGUUAUGAUUUACCUUUUUUUAAUACUAUGUGUACUGGAUAGUGUGUAUUUUCUGGGAUUAUUUCCUUUAGACUGUGACCAAUUAAUAACUGUAUUUGAGAAAACCUAAGGAAGAAAGAAAAAGCUGUUGUGUGAUGUGCCCAGUUGCACCUCUGGCUUUAUCAAAAUUCCAUAAAAUGUUUUAAACAAAAUUGCUGGAACAAUAGAAGAUGAAUUAACUUGCUUGCUUUUAAAGGUAUUUUUAUUGUAAAACUUCAGGUGAACAAUAAAAACCACUCUUUUUCGUUAACUUUGGGAUUUAAAGGUUUCUCUUACUAAGACCUGUCAUUUGGGGAUGCCAUUUGAAUUAAUAGCUUUCAUGUUCUUGGUACCUUUUAUUCUAAUGUCAGACACACUUAUGUGCUUGGAAUU